GCAGGAGAGAUCAAGCCAUGGCUGGUUUUCUGUUACUACAAACACUCACCCAUGGAGCCUUUUCUUGCCAGUUGGUAACCACCUCACCCACCCCAGUUACCUUCCCUAAAUGAGAGGUUUUAUUUCUCCCCUUAGCGUAAAGUCCACAUGGACAUCUUGUAGGCUUCCCUUGCCAGACAACAUCUUACUUUCCUCUUUUCUUACUUGAUGCUUGUUUUUGUGUGGAAAACCCCAGUAAAAGUUCGUAAUAAAUGUCCUUCUGCCAUUCACGUUAUCUCAAAGAAUACGAAGUCAGUGAAGAACUAACUUGUAUAGUAGCUUUGCAUUAUGUUUAGCUGAUGUCUUGGAGAGAACAGUACAUGUUUACGCUGAUAAUUUGACUUUGUUUGAAUAUCUUCAUUUUUUUUAGCGUAUAACGUGUCUGGUUCAUAAGUACUUUCUAUUUUUUAAUGGUAUGCUCUAAUUUCUACUCUUUGUUACACAGCAUAUAAGCAAAAGCCUGUUAUUUCUAGCUCAGCUGGGGAGCAGGAAAGGAACAAUUUGCUGAUUGCUAAUUGUUCUGCAUUCCGAAAAUGGGGAAUGCAGGCAGGGAAAACGUGCAAUAAUUUGUUGAUCCCCAAGGACCUCGCUUGGCUUCUGAGAAUUUGUAGAUAAUGGACUAGUGGGGAAGAUCUCACUCUUAAUGUUUUAAUAUUCUGGCUUCUGUAUUUGGUACAAAGUUACGAUGCUGGCAUGUUCAGAUCGUAUGCUCAGGUGACUGGCCUGUCACCUUCUGUGACAAACAGGGCCUGUUUCUCUAGCGAAGGUCACUUGGAUCAAUAGGGAUGAGAAAAUAGGAGCUACAGCUUUGUGUGUGCUGGUGAAUAUAUAUUUAUGUACUUCCAGCUCCUUUUUGGCCAGAACGUGAACCUGGAAAGCUAAUGGGGCUUUGAUCCAAGUUUGACAGAUGAAUUUGAUGCUAGGGAUGUCUGAGGCUUCUUUGGAGUGCUUUUCAUCAGGCUACUCCCUAACUUCUCAUUCCACUGCAGGGACAGUGCUCAGUUCUCUUUGAUUUUCCUGCUUCCCCUCACAGCCAGGCACUUUUGCAAAUAACUGCAGUGAGCAGAACGAUGUAAAAAAGGCACGUGAACUGUAUCUGUCUGCCUGUCAGAGAAAGCCAAAAAGCAGAGAGAUCUCUUACCAGAAGAAUCUGAGUCUGAAACUUAAGACAAAACUACUCAUUUGCAUAUUUUCAGAGCGUAAAGAACAGACGUUGGGGGCAUUUGUGUACUUUUACAUCUUUUUCGAAUGGAAACCAUGAAGUAUUUCAUCCUCAUAUCAACUUAAAAUAUCCUAAUGAAAUUUUUCUGUCCUCUGAGAAUCAGCUGGAUGGUGGUUCUUACACACUUCAUCCUUUCCCAAGUCUCUGUUGGUACAAAUGUGAUUUGAAACAAACCUCAGUAUUCUCUGCUGUGAACUUCUCAUGAGCCCACUUGGAGGGGAGGGACAGAGUGGCCAAGGGUGCAGGAGGAGGUAGGGUCUGUGCAGUUCAGAUCCGAGGAGGAUGCUGGCCUUGCCUGACGAAGGUGACUCUCCUGGAAGACCUACCAGAUUUUAACAGGCAGUCCUGCCAGCAGAGACCACCCAUGGCUCCUAGUCCACCUCUGUAAGUAUUACACCCAGAAAGCAAGGAUGCCACGGAGCUGCUCUGGCUCUGUUUCAGAGCAUUUUAGCCUCAAAAGAUUGAGGCCCUUGUUCUUUUGCUGUGCUCACCCUGGCAAGUCCACUGCUGCCCUGCAUGCUGAGGAGGGAGCAAAGCCCUCCAGUCUGCUUGGUUUUGGGGUUAGCUGCCCCAAUGGCUCCCGUGUUAUUUCCUGUGCGGUGGAAUGGCUGGCCAGAGGGAAGGCAUUCCAGGAGCAUCCCCACGGCCUCUGGGAAGGGCUUGCCAACAACUGCUUGUGUGUGUGCCGGCCUGGCAGGGUGACGGAUGCCUAAUGGCUUAGCUGCCUAUGGGGUUUUAGGCACAACUUUUAGAGGGUGGAGCUGCCUUCAGGGGGAGGUGUGCUCUAGAAAGCAGAGAGAGUGAGUCUCUGCUGGGCUUUGCACUUUCUCUGUCCGCUUGCUGUUGCGAAGGAAAUCUUUUUUUUUUGACCUGACUGGAGAAAGUUUUUAUUAUACCAGUGAAAUUUCGAAGUUGUUUUGUACUUUGAAGAGUAUUAAGAAUUCCUGCUGACGCUUUUCCUGAAGGAAGCCAUGCCAUAUCACAGAGUCCUUCACCUGGUCCUGCUAACGCUGUGCGGCAUCCUGGUCCCUGCUGUGCUGGCAGCAGAGUAUCCGCAGGGUCCAGUCCCCACCCUCUGGAAUGAGCCACCCGAGCUGCCCUCUGGAGCUGGCCCCUUCGAUGCUGCCACCACCACAGUCCGGCUCUCAGAUGCCACCGCCUUCCCCCUGUACACCUCUGAGCUGGAGCCCGAGGACACCACCCAUCUGCACCGGCUGGACGCUGGGGACGGCUCCCUGGGGCCUGGAGCUAUUGGUGCCAUUGUCAUCGCCUCCCUCCUGGGUACGUCUGUGCUUGUGGCCUUGGUUGUCAUCACACUGAGAAAGUUCUCGGCCUCCUGAACUCAAUAAAAGUG